CUCAGUUCAGUUCAGUUUGUGUCACCGGUUGUAGCAGAUGUGUUGUGUUUUCGCUCGGUCUUGGUUGGUUUAGUUAAUCGCGCAGGCGUUCGCUGGUUGGACAAGUUUUGCGUACUCCACGUAGGUGUCUCCCCCGUUGAUGCCCACACUCGCGAGUUGCAAUCUCUCGAUUCUCUCCGACUCCGGGAGGAGCUAGAUUGAAAAGACCUUCGUGGGACACACUCGUUCAUCUGAGGGUGAUGAUAUUUAAUUGAAUGAAUUUCGAAGACUCGGCUUAGUUACGUCGGACUCGUGGAACUGUGAACAACUGUGAUCUCUCCCUUUCUCUUUCUCGUGCGAACUUUUGGAUACAACGCGGCGGUGACUUGUGCAACUUCUUGAUGUAUCAGAAGAAGGAAAAAAAGUGAUACUUUGAAGAUCUAGCGGAUUACCUCAUCGCUGUUUGAAAAGUUGUGGGUGAAGAAAUAAAAAGCUAUAAAAAAAGAAUAGAGGUGAAGAAUUAGAAUCCCAAUUGACGAGUGCCGCUCAAAUAUAUAUCGGCAGGGGGAAACAGCAUGUGAUAGCAAGUGCCAUUAGUGAUCGUGAUCGUGUGACGUACUCUACGUACUCUACGUAAUAGCAGAGCAAAUUUAUCGAAAGUAUUAGCACGCCUAAGUGAGUGAGUGAGCAAUCGUCACAAGAUGGGGCCAACUAAACGUGACAAGCAGGAUAAGCUGAAAAGCCAGAGUUUGAUCGACUCGGAAAGAUCGGUCCAAUCCGGUGGUAGCAGUCAGCAGCAGCAGAGUUCUUCGUCGAUGAUCACAAGCAGCAGUACCAGCAGCAGCAGCACUAGCCGCAAAAUGCAAACGGCAUCGUCAUCUUCUAGCAAGAUGGUGAUGAGCGGCAGUGACGGUGGUGGUCUUGAUCAGAAAAUCAGUGAAAUCAAAUCUGGUGGGGAAACUAGUGAAUCAGUGCAACAGCUGGAUCAAAGGCUCAGUGAAUCGAAACAGACCGGCCAGAUAGCGUCGAAGCAAAUCGAAAAUAUAAUACAGGAAAUCAAGUAUAUUGCCAGUGACACGGCUGACUCAACAAAACGAAUUUCGACCGUACAGCAAAGUAGUGAUAGUACUAGAAGCGACAAGGAACUACACGAAGCCUUGACCAAUUUUGACAAGGUUGCGAACGCGACCGUUUCGGACAUCCAACAAGGUGCAACGAAAAUCAGUGCCAGUGAUAUCGUGUCCUCUGAAACAAGUGUCCACAAGAGUGCCUCUAGCAGCAAGGCAUCUCAAAGCAGUGCAACCAGUGCCAGUGCCAUCCAGAAGAGUCAGAUCAUGAGCAGUGAAAAAAUCACCAGUGAAUCGAGCUCGUCCCGUGCUGAACAACACUCAACCAGCAAAACCAUGAAAUCGUCUCACACUUCGUCAUCUUCAUCAUCAUUUGCGAAAAAAGAUUCUUCGACAUUCCUGUUGGACAGCUCCAACAUACAAAUGCUACAGAAGUCUGAUGCAAACCAAAAGGAUUCCGCAGUGACUCAAGUAAAAGACUCAGGAAAUCAUUCCGUUCUACAAACCCAUCAAUUCCACACCGACGGAGGACCCGCAGUUGGUGGAGGAGGUCGCAACUUUUCCGACAGCCAGAGCUACUCGUUUUCGGAGAAGAAUGCUCCGACUACCGAGGUAACUUACGACUCUGCCGGAAAUAAGAUCACCAGCACCACAUCGUCCUCCAGUGCCACUCAUGGCUUCACCUCCGCGUCAUUCCACUCCAGUGGAGGUGGCGGCGGUGGUGGUGACUCACAACUUCAGCCAACUUCCGGUGCGCAGACCACCCGUGUUUCCGGAAAUGUUGUGCAGGACGGUCACUACACCACAAGCUCCAGCUCUGCAAGCAAAUCUUAUUCAUCCUCCAAGCAAGAAUCAAGCUCAUCAAACACCAUGAACGUGUCCAGUGUGUCACAGAAAGACGCCGUAAUCGAUUCCACUGCGCUGGAAAACUACAAAAUCCAGGACUCGGCCUCACAGACCAACAUGCUGACGAAAAACGCAUCGGCCCACACGAUCGUUAGUCUGUCGUCGGCGAAUGAUUCGAUGGCGAACACGAUUCAGAGCACCCAGCUAGUCACCGAGAUGAAUCAGGAUGUGUCAUCCAAGUCCCAGCAGCAUGCCGAUUCGACCAAAACGUACGAGAGUUCGUCCCAUUUCGAGUCCAUGGACGAAAGCAACCGUUCGCGCAAGCAUGUCACCGACUUUUACGAGCAGCGUGAAUCGAACUCGUCCAUCCUGAAACGUAAGAUCUACGACGAAAAAGUGAAACGCCUCAGCCUGAUCGACGAGCGGGUUGUUCCCAGGGACGUGGUUAUUCAGGACAUUGAGGAUGACGUAACGAAUGUCACGAAAACAUCUUUCGAAGCGAAACUGUUUAAUCCGAAAACGAAACGUUGGGAACUGGUCGACCAGAAGACGAUUCUGGAAAAGGACAUCACCGUCGCCAUUCCGGCGGAAAUCGUUCACGAAUUGGAGGUGGAACGUCCCGAACUAGCAAAUAUCACCACCACGAUCCAGCUGACCAAAGUUUAUGACGCCAAGACUAAACAAUGGACGACAAUAGAUCAGCGAAAACACACAGAUGUGCUGGAAAAAUUAAGUUACCUUGAGGAAAGCAGUGGUCGCACUGAGCUGAACGAGUCAGAGAGGGUGAAAAAUCUACAAUCCAUUGAUACUGUUGAUAAAGUGAUCAUCAAAGAAUCAAGCGACCUUGGCAAGAUUCGGAAGCAAACUGGCAAAACUGUUCAAGAACAGUGCAUCUGUGAGAUCUGUACCUGUGGUCGACACAACUGUUUUAAUUGCGGUAGCGGAGGAGUAGAAAAAAUAACUAAAGCUUCCAACAAAACAUCGGUCAGCAAAACUGAAAACUUUUAUCAACAAGGUUAG